AUGUCUUCAACUUCUUAUGAUUUAUUUGCUUUGGAUUUAGAGGAAUAUGUUGAACAUGAAAAUAUAAUGAAAAAAAUUGAAGAAAUUCAACAAUUUUUAAUAACAGUUAAUGUAAUUAUAAAAA